AUGUGGAUAAAACAAAAACGACAUAGAUACAAUUUACAAAUAUUGAUUUUUUUAGUAUAUUUUAUUCAUUCAUGUUAUAAUAAAUCUAUAUAUAAUGAAUUAAUGAAUAUGAAUGAAAUUAAUAAUAGACAAACUAAUUUAACACAACCAUAUCAAAUUUUAUUAACCAUGAAAGAAUCAUCAAUAAUUAAUACAGAUUUAAUUAAUAUAAGUAAUAUAAUGCAAAAUUAUAAUAUACAAUUAAAAACAUCAAUGAAUGAAUUCAAUAAACAUACUACUUCAAAAAUUAUGAAUUUUGAAAUAUUAGAUAUAAGUAGUAAUUUAUUAACAGCAUAUCAACAAAGAAAUCAAAAUAAUUUAUUAAAUAUUAUUGAUUUAAAUUCAAUUAAUGGUAUUAUUAAAUUUAAUGUACCAUUAGAUCGUGAACGUAUAUGCAAUGAUUUACAAUAUACAAAUAAACAAUGUACCAUAACAUUAUUAAUAGCUGCAUAUAAAAUGAAUAAUCAUAAUAUAAAUCAUCAUGAUCAAGAAGAAGAAGAACUAAUGAAUAAUGAAGAAUAUAAUAAAUAUAACAAUGAAUUAAUAUGUAUUGAAUUAAUUAUAACCUUAUUAGAUAUCAAUGAUAAUUCACCAUAUUUUCCACAAAUAUCUGAUAUAGAUAAUCAUCCUAGAAUAAUAACAAUUGAAGAAGAAUGCCCUAUUGGUACAAUGAUUUCAUUACCAAUAGCUAAUGAUAUAGAUUCAAUUGAAAAUGGUAUUAUUAAAUAUGAAUUAUAUCCAAUUACAAAACAAAUGGAAAUAGUACAAUUAUUUGAAAUUGUACAAUUUAGAGGAUCAAGAAUUCAAUGUGAAGAUAUGAGUAAUAAAGGAAUACAUGAUAUUAAUUAUACAUAUAAUUUAAAUCAAGAAAUAAAUCAAGAUUUAUUACCUAUAAUACCAUGUUUAAAAAUUAUUGGUAGAUUAGAUCGUGAACAAGUAUCACGUUAUGCAGUACGUCUUGUUGCAAUAGAUACUGGUGGAAGAAAAGGUGAAAUAAUUUUACGUAUAAUAAUACGUGAUAUUAAUGAUCAUGCACCAUUAUGGGCUGAUAAACUAGAAACAGAAUUAUCAACUGGUAGUUUAUUGUUUAUGGGAUCAGAAAGAAUUACAUUUCAAUCAAAUGAAAUAAUAGAAAAUAAUGAACAUGGUAGAACAAUUGUAAAAUAUACAUUUCAAAUUCCUGAAUGUACUAAUCAAAGACAAUUAUUACGUUUAAAUGCAAAUGAUAUGGAUGAAUCAGAAAGUGAUUAUGGUCGGAUAAAAUAUCAUUUAAAUGAUCAAACACAAGAUUUUGAACAAUUAAGGCAAAGAAUUUUUAUUUCUGGAGAUCAUAUUUACUUAACUGAUCUUGGUUUGAAAGAUUUAAAUCAAGCUAAUUUAACUAUAAUUGUAACAGCAACUGAUGGUGCUGGUAAAAGUAGCGAUGCAUGGAUACAUCUUUUAGUGCAAGAUUGUAAUGAUCAUAAACCAAUGAUUUUAAUGAGAAAUACUGAGUUUUCACUAGUAGAAAAUACUGUAGGUAAACAGCAGUUAAUAAGUUUAAUAACAGUACGUGAUUUGGAUUUGACUACAUCGCCCAAUUCGGAAUUUUAUUGCAGUUUAAAUGAUACAACAUAUCUGACACUUUACGAAGUCAUGUCUGGACCAAAAUUAAGUGAUCAACGCUAUCAAGAAAGUAAUCUAAACACUAAUAAUAAGCAUGACGGAUUCUUAUCUCACAGACAUGAUAAUGAUGACGAAAAGAAUACUGGUUUCUUUCGUCAAGGAAGAUGGGUUGUUUAUCGACUAGAAUCUAAAAAUUCAACAUCAUUUGAUCGUGAAGCAACACCAUACUACAAUGUACUGUUACAAUGUUCUGAUAAAGGUUCACCAAUGCUUACAUCAAAUCGAUUGAUAACAGUCAACAUCCUUGAUGUGAAUGACAAUGCGCCUAUGUUCAUUAUGCCUAAUCAACCACAAUCAGCUCAUUUAUUUUCAGUUAAUUCAGAGAGUCAUAGAAAAGUAUUUUAUCAAUCAAUUUCAUCAUCCUCAUCAUCAUCUAAUUCUGUUCGCCAAAAAACGGAUCAGUCAUUCAUUUAUCAUUUCAAUCUACCAGAAAAUUCUUUACGUGGUACAAUAGUUGGCAGUGUUCAUGCUAUUGAUCUAGAUGCUGGUGAUAAUGGUCGAGUAACUUUUCAAUUAAAAAGUCAAAUUCCAUUUUAUUUAAAUAAACCAAUUUCAUUAAAUACAAAAAAUCAUAAUACAACAGUUGCAACUAAUCAUAUUAAUAAUGAUAAACAAAAUGAUAGUAGAAAUGAAAAAGAAUCAAUUUAUAUGGAUCAUGUAUUUAAUUUAGCACCAAAUGGUGAUAUUCAAUUAAUUAAUGAAUUAGAUAGAGAAAUAAUAGAUUGUUAUGAAUUACAUAUUAUUGUAAGUGAUAAUGCAAAAAUCAAUCGAUUAUCAUCAACAGCUACAGUUAUAAUUAAAAUAGAUGAUGUAAAUGACUGUAGACCGGAAUUCUUUGGGGAUUACAUAUUUGAAAUUGUUGAAAGUUACGGUUCAUCAACUAUUCACCAAAUCCUUGGAUCUAUAGUAGCUACAGAUAUGGAUUUGGGGCGUAAUGGAUCAAUAACAUAUCAGCUUGGUGCUCAACAAGAUAGUCGGAAUGAUAAUAUAAAUAACAAUAAUCAUAAUUUGAUAAUCAAUAAAUCACCCAGUUCAACAAACACAUUUGGUUCACGCCUAAUACAGAUCAGUCACGAUGGUAAACUAACUGUCUAUGGGGUGAUCGAUCGAGAAAAGACUCCUAUAAUUGUACUGACAGUAAUUGCAGAGGACAAUGGAAUUCCUGUUAAAUUAUCUAAUUCUGUGACUGUUACAAUUCAUGUAUUAGAUUUGAAUGAUAAUAAACCACGUUUCAUUGAAUCAUCAUCACGUUCACAGUCAGUAAACAAGGAUGAAACAUUAAAGGGAAAUCUUGAUAAUACAGGAAUGAAUAUUGUUUCGCCGGCAUUGGGUUUUAAGCUAAAUCUAAGCUUGGAUACAAAUGUUGGUACACUUUUGACUGUGUUUGAAGCUUAUGACCCAGACAACGGUCCCAAUGGAACUGUAGUUUUCAAUAUGGCUUACUCAGGAGCACUUGGCAUAUCACAUGAUGUUAAAAACUUAAAAAGUGGAAAAACUGAUGAAGAUAUUUCUGAUAUACCAACAUUUACUUUGCAGCCAGAUGGUCGUCUUCUCUUGUCUAAGAGAUUAGCGUAUUCCGAUAUGAUAUCUCCUACACCCAACAGUUUUCCAAAAAGAUAUCGUAGACCGGAUAGAUUGUUAAUACGUGUUUCAGAUAAAGGACCAACUCCAGAACAAUCGGUUACAAGUUUACAAAUAUUCUACUACGAUCCUAUUGAUACAAUACAUAACACAUAUUCUGAGGAUUAUUUUCACAUGGUAAAUGCAAAAAGCGAUGCCAACAGGAAUAGUGAAUAUGCUUCAGUGCAUCAAAAUAAAGAAACCAGCAAAAGUAAGCAUUACGCGUACAAAAUGAAUCGCCAAGCAUUACUUGGUUCAAGUGGCGGAGGUAAACUUUCAUCACAAUCAUACAUAAGAUCGGAACUAAAUAACUCCAAACCAUUUACAUUACCUGCUAUGUAUUUGUUGGCUUUAGCAGUUUGUUUGGCUUUAAUACUUGUGAUAAUUAGUUUUGGAUGCUUUUAUGUGAAACUAAGAAGAACAAGUUUGACAAAUAAAGGUGAAGAGAAAUAUGAUAGUAUAGGUAAGAGCGAGAUUCAUACUGAUAGCUUAAUCAGCUGUAAAAAAAAUAACAAUGGUGAUAUACGUUUAGACAGUACAUUAUCAAGUCGUUCAAAAAAUGAUGAGUCACAAAUCAUUACUGGUUCUCAAAAUAAAAUAUUUUCUGAUUUUGGAAUUAAUACAAUUAACUGUAGAAGUUUAUCACCAACAUACAUUGUACGAGCUUAUGAUCACAUCAAUGUUGUACCUUCUAAUGAUCCUCAUACAAAUACAAUCAUGUCUAUUCCUCAUUCCACAAUGGAUAGUUCCGACUACACUCCAUUAUCAAUUAAUCAAAUAAAUUCUCUACAAAACUCUUGUUUAUCACCAUCAGUUUUACAGAAUGAUUUAAACAAGCAAGUGAUUAAUAAUAAUCAAAGACUGUUCAAAAAUGCAUAUUUACUUAAACCAUGUGAUUCAUUAUAUGAAGAUCAAGCAUCACCGAUGUUAUUCAACCAAUUGGAGUUAUGUAAAACAUUGAAUCGACAAAAGCAGUAUAGUAUUCUGUCAAAUCAUCCAGUUGAAGUAAUAAAUAAAAAUACAUUCGAUGAAGAUGAUGAUAUUAGAAAUAUUGGUAAAAUAUUUCAAGCAAAUAUUUCAGAUUCCGUUUCAACGUUUAUCGAUUCUAAAUGUCAGAAUAACAAACCAACAUUAAUUAGCUUUGAGGGUAAAUUAACUGAUAUAUCUACCGAUAACAAACAUGGCUUUAAACAAAAUCAAUUACUUCCAGUCAGUGAAACAUCAGUAUUGUCAUCUUCAACGACUACAAACACGAACACCACCACCACCAACAACAACAACAACAAUAACAACAGCAAUGAUUGUCACAGUAACAAAGAUAAUUUUUCCACAAUUCAUAAACCGAAAUUUAAAUUAUUUUCCACGAAAAAAUAUGAAUCACAUAAAAAUAAUAUCAAUAGUGAUCAUUAUAAUCAACUAAAAGGUGAUGAUUCUCAACUAAUUAUUGAUCCUAAUCAAAUGACUAGUAAUAAUAAUGGAAACUCAAAUAAUUUACCUCAAAUAACAUCUUCAUUUGUUUAAUUUUAAUAUUGUCUGAUAUGAUAAGUUUUGUGUUUAAGUGACUCAAUGAACUGUAUUGUUUUUGGCUCAAUUCAAUUAUACAUAUAGGAUCAAAUUAUGUGAUAAUAUAUUUAAAAAUUCUUAUCCUGAAGUGAAUAUUUCUUUGAUUAACAUGAUAUUUCUGUGAAUUGUUUAUUUGUUCUAUGAAAUUACGAUUUUGUACAUAUAGAAUUUUGUAUAUAUAUAUAUGUAUAUCUGUUAUAUGAAAGCAUUUUGUUGGAUGAAUACAAACUACAUUGUUUUGUAACUACAUUAUUAUAAAUGGGAUCCGUAUUUUACAUAAUUGAUAGUGUUCAGCUUAAAUUGUCGAAAGAUCUGUUUCUUCUUUACAGGUGUUAGUUUAACUGAAAUUGAGAAAAAAUAAAUCAAUCUACUAUACAUUUU